CCCGCGCCCGCGCGCCCUCGGCCCCUGGAGAGGCGCUGCGUCCUGGGACAAUGGGGCCUCGGCGGCUGCUGCUGCUGGCCGCCGGCCUCAGCCUGUGCUGGCCUCUGCUGAGCGCCCGCGCCCCAAGCCACGAGCCAGAACCCGACGCAGGCAAUGACACUGUGGGUCCCCGGACCUUCUUCCUCAGGGAUUCCAGCCAUGGGUUCGAACCAUUCCCCUGGGAAGAGGAUGAGGAAAAGAAUGUGAGCACGCCGGCGGAGAGCAGGCUGAGCCCUGGCAACCGCAGCCUGCCGCCUUCAGUGUCCAUCUCCCAGGAGGCCUCCGAGUACUUGGGCAGCCCCUGGCUGCGGCUGUUUGUCCCCACGGUCUACACAGGUGUGCUGGUGGUCAGUCUGCCACUGAACCUCACAGCCAUCGCCGUGUUCCUGCUGCGCAUGAAGGUCAAGAAGCCGGCCGUAGUGUACAUGCUGCACCUGGCCACGGCUGACGUGCUCUUCACGGCCGUGCUGCCCUUCAAGAUCAGCUACUACUACUCGGGCAGCGACUGGCGGUUCGGGCCCGAGCUGUGCCGCGUGGUCACAGCAGCCUUCUACUGCAACAUGUACGCCUCCAUCAUGCUCAUGACAGCUAUCAGCGUGGACCGCUUCCUGGCUGUGCUCUACCCCAUGCAGUCCCUGUCCUGGCGGACGCUCGGCAGAGCCUCGCUGGUGUGCCUGGCCAUCUGGGCCCUGGCCCUGGCAGGCGUGGUGCCGCUGCUGCUCCAGGAGCAGACGGUGCAAGUGCCCGGGCUCAACCUCACCACCUGUCACGAUGUGCUCAGCGAGCGCCUGCUGCGGGGCUUCUACGCCUACUACUUCUCUGCCUUCGCCACCAUCUUCUUCUUCGUGCCACUCGCCAUCUGCACUGUCUGCUAUGCCUCCAUCCUCCGCUGCCUCAGCUCCUCAGCCGUGUCCGACCGCGGCAGGAAAUCUCGGGCCCUGCUGCUCUCGGCUGCUGUUUUCUGCAUCUUCCUGCUCUGCUUCGGCCCCACCAAUGUGCUCCUGGUGCUACACUACUCCUUCCUGCCGCACGGCCCCUCCACCGAGGCCGCCUACUUUGCCUACCUGCUGUGUGUGUGCGUGAGCAGCGUGAGCUGCUGCCUCGACCCCCUGCUGUACUACUUCGCCUCCUCCGAAUGCCAGCGGCAGCUGUGCAGCCUGCUGUGUCACAGGGACAGCGCCGAUGUGGCCAGCUGCAACAGCAGCGGGCAGCUGAUGGCCAGCAAGGGGGACACCUCUAGCCACCUGAACCGCAGCGUGUACAAGAAGUUGCUAGCUGCCUGACCACAGGAAGCACAGGGCACCAAGGGACUGCGCCAUUCACUGCCAGGCCCACAACCAUACCACCAGUCGAGGCAGCAUGUGUUUGAUCGCUUGCAGCUUCCCAUGCAGCUAAGUGACCCUGUGGGGUAUGGCCCAUACUGCCACAGUAGCCCAACAACACUUUCUCACAUGCCUGGGUGGCUUGCCAUGUGUGCACAUGUGUGUACCAUGUGGGCUACCACAGUGACUAUGGAGAUAACCCAUUCUUACAGUUGACAUGUAACGUCCAGAUGAAGGAAUUCAGCCCUCAACUAUGGAAGACUUCCACCCACAGCGGGGCCCAGCUGCAACUUGGGCGGCUUUCCCCAAAGACUGUUGAAAUCACUGCACUGCUGGGGGAAGCCGUGGAGGGAGAAUGCUCAGAGCUCUGUUCAUGGGCAGAGGGUCAGGGUUCCCGCUGUGGGCAUAGGAAAUUCUUAACACCAACAUCCCAUCCCGUUAGGCGCUGGACACCAUUUUCUCCCUCUGUACACUGUGUGUGUUGACCAGGACCACAACCAUGAGCCCACAUCCCUGUGGUGCCCAUGGCCACCAGCCAAAAAUGCCAAGUCCACAGCUACACACUGGUCAUGACCUGCUCCCCAAGCAGCCAGUCUUGAGAGGGCCCCACACAGCGGAUGUGCCACCCCCUGGGUGUGUGCAGAUGCGCAGCACAACUCAGCAGUGGGGUCGAAAGCACCACGUCCUUCCCUCCCCAAGGCCCUGAGGGCCUGCCGUGUUCUGGGCAUCUCUGUUGGAGACGGGCUGAGCAGGGGUGAGAUCUGGGAGGCAGUGAGGGACUUCUCUGUCCAUCCUGAGGCAGAAAGAGGCCAUGACCGCGUCCAGGAGUUUGUGCAGGGUAGAGACCGAGGCCUAGCUUGAGAUGAGCUAGCAGCAGCAGUACAGUGCACGUGCGAUGUGUGUGCCGUGUGCUUGCCAUAUGUGAGAGAACAUGGUGUGU